AUGUCCAAGCUAUCCAGCUAUGCCCACGUUCCGAUGAAGGACAGAAUCACCGUCACUCUCCUCUGCUGCGUGUCGUUUGUCUGUAUAGAGUCGCUACGGAAUAAGUGGCGACCAGCGCUGACGCAUCUGUCGAACGGCCUGCGUAUCAUUGAGAGUCUGCCCAUGAGCAUGCUCAACGAGCUGCGAGAUGCUGUGCCCGCUCAUGCUAGUGCAGACCCUUCGGAAGACGUCUUGGCAAUGGACUACAUCCUGAGGCUCUUCGCCACGUGGGAGAUCUCCUGCGCGCUCUUUGCCGAGAACUUUAAGCCCGUCAUCGCUAUCAAAUUGUACGAGGGGCGGGAGCUCGACGGCACACUGCUGGACGAAUUCGAGACCAUUACGGAUGCGCACCGGGCCAUUGUGCAAUACACGCGUGACGUGUUCGCCCUGGUCUGGCUGACAAAGGAGCAACAAGGCGACGACGAGUUCUGGGCUCGCCCCGUACCGCACCGCCAGCACAAGAUCCUCAUGGAAAGAGGCGACCACCUGACGGGUCUCUUCCAACGGUUCAUGGAGACGCCCCGAGCGCCAGCGAGCGGUACAGAAGAGCACUACUCCAUCUGCCUCGACAUGCUUCACUACAAAUGCGCGCGUCUGAUAUGUCAGACACUACAUCAGAAGCCGCACCAGAGGCAGCAGUCGCUCGAUGUCGUCGCCCAGCACGCGGAGCUCGUGGCGUUGGCUACCCUGCUGCAUCAAGGGCUGGUUACCAAACAGCGGGAUACGGGGGCACUGCCUCGGUCGUUCACGCUUGAUAUUGGGAUUAUACCGCCCCUCUACUUUAUACUUGUUACCUGUCAAGAUCCCGUGAUUCAGGGGAAAGCCCUGGGAGUGCUGCGAAACUACCCCCAGCGAGAAAACCUGUGGGACGGCAACUUUGUGCGCAACUUGUUGGUCACUGUUGAGAAUAUGGCGACAUACCCUCACGAAGUACCCGCAAUCGCCGAAGAAAAGACCGGUUUCGACCUCAACGUCCAGCAUGGACACCAGGACCUCGUCCAGGCCGUCGCCUUCAACGCCUACGGCGACCGAUGCGCGACAGGGUCCGUAGACGGCAAGAUCAAGGUCUUUAACCGGCACAAGGACGGCGUCUGGCACCACUGCGACACCUGGGGAGCCCAUGGCGGCGAGAUCCUCGAGCUCCAAUGGCUUCCCCCGACAGUCUACCCGAACCUCAUCGCCUCUCUCGGCAUAGAAGGCCGCUUCAAGCUGUGGGCGGAAGACCCAUCAGCAGCCCCGGGCCGCCGAUUCAGCGCCAGCAGCCGCGCGACGACGAGCAAAGCCGCCUACGAAAUGCGCUCUCCCAAAUACCCCUACCGCUCCUUUUCCAUGAAACACAACGAGGAGACGCGGCACACUUAUCUCGCUCUGCUCUCCACCGAGGGCCGCCUGGUAGUGUACGAGAACGAACAGCCCGAAAACAUGUCGGAAUACACACAAAUUGACGAGCUGAGCAUAUGCCCAAAGCCGAGCCGCGGCGAGGAGAUUAGCUUCAAGGUCCGCUUCGAUCCGAACCUGGACCCGUGCUACAAUGCCCUGAGGGCGGGCGUGGCGAGCGACUCGCUGGGUCUGGUCGUGGCGGGCAUGUCGUCGGUCAAGAUUUACCGCUCGAGGGACGUCAUUGCGACUUCGUACGGCGUAGCGCAGACACAACGAGAGUUUUACCUUGCCGUCGAGGUGGGCGUCCAUCGCGGCCUCGUACGCGACGUGGCGUGGGCGACGGGGAAUAUCAGAGGAUACGACACCAUCGCGACGGCGUGCCAAGAUGGUUGCGUGCGCGUGUUCCGCAUCGACACGCCGCACUCGGCCGACGACGGCAAGACGUGGGCCACGACGGAGCUCACCAAGCACGAGAAUCACUACGCGCAGGCAUCGUCCAAGGCGGGGCAGCCGAACGACAAGCAGCAACAGCAGCAUCAAUCAGGGCUCAGCGCGAGCUUGGCAAAGUCUGGCUCGCAUGUGGAACGGCAUUUCUCGGGGCAGCCGGGGCAGGUGAAGCACGUCUUCAAGGAGGUUGCCAAGCUCGACAGCCACCGCACGCCCGUCUGGCGCGUCGGGUUUGACGAUGACGGACAGAUUUUGGCCAGUACUGGUGAUGAUGGCAAACUUGUGUGCUACCGACAGACGCCGAGCGGCACGUGGGCGAAGAGCUCCGAGUUGGCCAUGAUCAAGACGAGAAUGGCAACGGUUUGA